AUGCCGUAUGCGUCGAAAUUUCUUUCCGUGUUUUCGCAGCAGUUGAGCCAGCAGAGUGAAGCAGAGAAAAUGGCAGCCACGCAGUUGGAACUGCACAGACUCCAACAGGAUCACAUUCAGCGUCACCAGGAGCAACUCCUGCAGCAGCAGCAACGUCUUCAGCAACUCCAGCUUUCCAGCUCGUGGUUGUCAGCGACCGCGCACCUGGCCCGAAUUUCUCGUCAGCAGCACCCGAACCAGGGCGUGUUCCCGACGUCCACACCGUCGCCCACUGGCCCACAAUCAUCUCCAGCGGGUCUUGGUGCAGCUCCUCCAACAGCCGCCUGCAACAUCUCCUUGUCUCCAUCACAACAGCAGCAGCAGCAACAACAACAGCCGCCACAAAGGCGGUCGUCGUCGCCAGCCAACGACUCCGGAGUCCCGGAAUCCCUGUCUCCCUCGACGACAGCCAAGACUUCGAGGAACUCGACGUCCUCGUCGUCGUCAGCGUCACUGCCGUCGACGCCGAAAUCCGCGCGGUCGUCGACGGGAGAAGGCGGCGAGGCGCCGUUGAAUUUAUCCAAGCCGAAGAGCGGCGCCGCGUCGCCGGUUGCAACAGCAGCAGCAGCAGCAGCGGCGGCGGCAGCUGCGACAACGGCAUUCCCGACUUCUGCGGCGGCGGCUGCUGCAGCUGCGGCCGCCUUUUCUGGCGCCUUCGGGAAGACCCUGCCUUCCUUAAUGUUCCCGCCUUCCGCGGCGGCGUUCCUCAACGCCUACGACGCCCUCGGGGCGGCGUCUUCGUUCCCGAACCCACAUGGCGCCACUGGCGGUAAAUUCGAUCUGAUGUCUCACCAUCACUCGGGACAUCACCACCACGGGCAGAUGGGCAACGGGAACCCGUUCCUGAAUGCAACAGGUGCAGUUGGUGACAAUAGACCAAUGCCUUGGCAUUUGCCAUUCCAAGGUGCAGCAGCUGGCACCACCCGAGGACUGAUGGAGUCCUCGUUGACCUCUUCGACCCCGUCUGAACACGACGACUCUUCCAACGGGUCCAAGGCGAAAGAUGAAGUCAAGAUGUUUGGGGCAAAGAUUAUCAGACAGCAGAGGAAGGAUGCCGAGGGCCAACCCCACGUCAAACGCCCCAUGAAUGCCUUCAUGGUAUGGGCAAAGGAUGAACGCAGGAAAAUCCUCAAACAGUGUCCUGACAUGCACAACUCCAACAUAUCCAAAAUUCUCGGUGAGUCUCUUUUUCUUUCGCUUUCAAAGCACCUUUUUUUUUCCGCUACCCUUCACCUCACAGGUGCCAGAUGGAAGGCCAUGAGCAAUGCGGAAAAGCAACCCUACUACGAGGAACAGUCCCGACUGUCCAAGGUGCACAUGGAGAAGCACCCCGAGUACCGGUACCGACCCAGGCCCAAGCGUACUUGCAUCGUGGACGGCAAGAAGAUGCGCAUUUCCGAGUACAAGACCCUCAUGCGCCAGCGGCGCCAAGACAUGAGGAGUCUGUGGUGCAGAGACGGAACCACGGGUGGUGUCCCCGGCACCGCGUCCGACGACGACGUGUCCUCGCUCCCUCAUUCGCACCAACCCCACCCACAGCAACCACAGCACCAGCAGCACCACCACCACCAACAACACCAACAACACCAACAACACCAACACCACCAUCACCAUCCACACCUGGGGUUCCUGGGUGUUGGUCCUGGGCUCGGGAAGCAAGAGUCUAGUUUCGAGUCUGACCAAAACAGUUCUCUGGAAACUUGA